GUAAUACUGAUGUCAGCUACAAUGGAAGGAAAUCUGCGGUUGUUCACCAAAUAUUUUGGCGAGAAAGUCGAAGUGAAACAUAUUGAUAUUCCAUCUCGGCUGUUCACUGUUGAAAGAUUUUUCCUCGGUGAUGUUAUUGCUAUGACUGGAUUUGUCCCAGAAGAAAGCAUGUUCAGUAGCAUGUUUAUGUCUGCUGGAUUCCCAGAAGUUUGCAGUUUUCCAACUGUGGGCGACUGGUCGAUGAAACCAGAAUGGGAACAAGACCAUCAAGUUCACGGGAGAUUGCCGGAGGCUAUGACUGCUCCAAAUCUCCAGUCACUUGCCGGUGCGGCACCGAGCUCGUCAAACCAAAUGGCUGGCGGCCAUAUGAUGACCUCAUCCAGUGUCGCAUCUUUCCCUCAGCAUGGAAAACAACAACAUACUGCGAAUUUCAUGAAUGUUGCGCAACAAUUGGUGAAUUCACAGCAUUCAUCCUCCGGUCAUCAACAACAACCUCCUCAACCCAUGAGUGCUCCACCUCAAGGUGUCGUGCACCAUCCACAGCAGCAACCUACAAUGCCUGGAUAUGUACAACCUCAAGGGACCAUCUAUGUGCAACAAUCGGCAUACCAGCAGGGUUACCCUCAACCACAUGGUUUUCCUCAAGGUCAGAUUCGCCAAGUUUAUACGCAACAACCAGGAGCUGUGGCGAUGCCUCAUUCUACUUGGGGUGGAAAUAUGGAUCAGUCGUUUAAUGGAGUGGUGCAUGCACAUCCAGAUGUUGUAGAUCUCCCAAGUGAAGCUAUCGAUCCGGAGACUAUGGAGCAGUUCCGACAAAUGGGUUAUGCUAACAACGAAGACGUUGGUCCAGCCGUAACAUAUGGUGCUGAGUGGCGUGUGGCUGAGGGAGAAGUUCAACCACAAUGGCAGCACACUCAGUCAUAUUCUGCUAUGCCUAACGCUGGCUACCAGCAAGGUCACCUGCAAAGUUGGGAUACGCAAGUUGUCUACGCCACUGCACCCGCUCCUUACCACAAGGUUUGUACGCGGACUAUAUCUGAGAUUGACUUAUUUUACACGUAUUUAGAACUCUCAAACACAACAGCCGAUGUUUUACGUGCCGGAGAGUUUUGA